AUGUCAGUGCUCGGAAUAGACAUAGGAAAUGAUAAUUCCGUGGUCGCAGCCAUCAACAAGGGAGCCAUUAACAUCGUGCGGAAUGAUGUGUCGGAGAGGCUGACGCCCACUAUGGUGGCCUUCACGGAGAAGGAGAGGUUAAUUGGAGAUAACGCCUUAGCGAAAGUGAAAUCUAAUUUUAAAAAUACAUGUAAGAAUAUAAAGAACCUCAUUGGAAAAUUAGCGGAGCAGGCUGACCAAGACGAUAUCGAAUUGAGUGAAUCCUUUGGAAAUAUAGUUCCAUGUGAACAUAAUUAUCUGGGGUACCAAGUGGAAUAUAAAAAGGAAAUGAUGGAUAUAAGUGUGGUGCGAGUUUUUUCAACACUUCUCUUUUCUUUAAUUAAAUUGGCAGAGAAAUAUAUAGGAAAAGAGUGCACUGAAAUCGUUUUGUCCUACCCCCCUAGUUUCACAAACAGCCAGAAGGAAUGUCUGCUUGCAGCGACAAAAAUAAUCAACGUGAACGCUUUGAGAAUUAUUAGUGACAACACAGCCGUUGCUUUAGAUUAUGGAAUGUAUAGAAUGAAAGAAUUUAAAGAAGAUGUUGGUUCAGUAGUUGUUUUUGUUAACAUAGGUUAUGCAAACACAUGUGUAUGUGUUGCUCGUUUUUUCUCCAAUAAGUGUGAAAUUUUGAGUGACUUGGCCGACACCAGUUUGGGGGGAAGGAAUAUCGAUAAUGAACUUAUCAAGUAUAUCAACAACGUGUUUAUCAACUCACAUAAGAUGAACCCGUUAUAUAAAGUAAGGUCGAGUGAUCUGUGCGAAAUGGGAACGGGCAGACUGAACCCAUAUUUUAUAACGCCCAACAAUGAAACGAACAAAAUCGAUAAUAAGAUAAGAGUGAAGCUGCAAGAUGUGGCGGUGAAGACCAAGAAGAUUCUAUCAGCAAACAACGAAUCUUCUAUACAUGUGGAGUGUCUUUAUGAAGACUUGGAUUGUCAGGGAUUCAUAAGUAGAGAUAAUUUUGAGGAAUUGUGUGCCCCGUUUUUCCUGUCUAAAUUGGAAGCCUUAUUAAAUAAAGCCAUGCAAGUGAGCAAACUGAAAAUCGCAGAUGUACAGUCGAUAGAAAUCUUAGGAGGUUCCACUAGAAUCCCAUUUAUACAGAAAUUUCUGCAACAGUAUUUCGACAAGCCAUUAUCCAAAACGCUAAUUGCAGAUGAAUCUGUCGCCAGAGGUUGUGUUCUCUCAGGAGCUAUGAUCAGUAAACACUACAAAGUGAAGGAGUACGAAUGUAUUGAGAAAGUAACGCACCCGAUAAGUGUUGAAUGGCAUAAUGUCAAUGAUCCAUCCAAGUGUAAGGUGGAAAAAUUGUACGACACAGAUUCAUUAAAGAAGAAAACGAAGAAGGUAGUCAUUCCGGAGAAGGGGCACAUAAAAGUGACUGCUUAUUAUGAUGAUACCCCAGACUUGCCACCACACUGCAUUAAAGAAUUGGGAUCUUGCCUCAUUAAAGUGAAUGAAAAGAAUGACAAAAUUGUGGAAUCACACGUAAUGACAACUUUUUCGGAAAGUGACACAUUCACGUUUUUAGGCGCACAGACAGUAUCCAAAACGGUGAUUAAAUCCAAGGAGGAGAAAAAAAAAACUGAGGAGAAGAAAGACAUACAGAAGGGAGACGCAGCAGGUGGGGCGGAAAAUGCAGAUGCGUCACAUGAAGGGGAUACAGAUGAGAAGGAAAAAAAAACAAAGGAGGAUGAAUCCAAUGAAGGUAAGGAAAGCAAUACCGAUGAAGCAAUUCCCAAUGGCAAUGCAACCUUAUCUCACCAAAGUGGAAACAAGGCAGAGCUAAAAAAAGGAGAAGAAGGAAAAAUACAGACAUGCUACACCACCCUACCGAUAGAAGUGAUCGGAGCUCCACGAUCCUACACUACGAAGGAUAUCUACAAUUUUAGCGAGGCAGAAAUUAACAUGCAACAUAGUGAUCUGCAAGAAGCAGAGAGGUUGAAAAAUAUAAAUGAGUUGGAGACAAUUAUAUAUGAAACAAGAAGCAGGCUAAACGGAAUGUACAAAGAUUUUGUCAUGGACGAGGAGAGAGACUCCAUCCUACUAUCCCUGGAUGAUUACGAAAAUUGGAUCUAUGAUAAUAUUGAGGAAAACAAAAAUGCUUUUAUAAAAAAAAAAGAAGAAAUUAGAGAGAGAGUAAAAGAUAUCAUUUAUAAAUAUGAUACGUACAGUGCGAAGGAGAAAAACUUGGGAAAUAUAUUGAACCACUUGAAGAAUAUCAUUGCACAGUGUGAAAAGAGACCAUCAGAGGAAAGUCAAAAGAUUAUUUCGAGGACGAGAAAUUUCCUGGAGAAUAUUAACGUGAUGCAAGAGAAGGAAAUGAAACAGCCUCUGUACGAGGCACCGCUGUAUAGCCUCAAGGAUAUAGAAAAUGAAUUUAACGACAUCACACAGAUGGCGCAGAAACAUUUCUCCAAACUCGAGGCAGAAGAAUUAGCGAAGCAGAAGGAGAAGGAAAAGCAGGAAAAACUGGAGAGGGAGAAAAUGGAAAAGGAAAAGAAAAAACAUCAACAAGCCGAUAGGAAGGAUGCCGACGAUAGUGCCGAGAAGGAUAAUAGUAAGGAUGUCAAGGAGACCGACGAGACGGAUAACUCCACCAACAAGGACAAUCAAUGUAACACGGAGGACAAGGAUAUGUAA